AUGGUAGAUCCUGUGUGGAAGCAUGGUGACUGUAGCAUCAUGGUAGAUCCUGUGUGGAAGCAUGGAGACUGUAGCAUCAUGGUAGAUCCUGCGGGGAAGCAUGGUGACUGUAGCAUCAUGGUAGAUCCUGUGUGGAAGCAUGGUGACUGUAGCAUCAUGGUAGAUCCUGCGGGGAAGCAUGGUGACUGUAGCAUCAUGGUAGAUCCUGCGGGGAAGCAUGGUGACUGUAGCAUCAUGGUAGAUCCUGUGUGGAAGCAUGGUGACUAUAGCAUCGUGGUAGAUCCUGUGUGGAAGCAUGGUGACUGUAGCAUCAUGGUAGAUCCUGCGGGGAAGCAUGGUGACUGUAGCAUCAUGGUAGAUCCUGCGGGGAAGCAUGCUGCCUGUAGCAUCAUGGUAGAUCCUGCGGGGAAGCAUGCUGCCUGUAGCAUCAUGGUAGAUCCUGCGGGGAAGCAUGGUGACUGUAGCAUCAUGGUAGAUCCUGCGGGGAAGCAUGCUGCCUGUAGCAUCAUGGUAGAUCCUGCGGGGAAGCAUGCUGCCUGUAGCAUCAUGGUAGAUCCUUGA